GUAUAUUCAGAUACUACGAACGAAUUCCAUCGUUUUGUUAAGCCGAGUUUAGCCUCCUCAUGUUCUACCUAAACCUAAACUACUAAAAUGCAUAACACGCAUCACACCCGCUGCAGUAGAUGAGACGAUCGAGAAGUUUCUCAACCUUUUUCUUCGGACAGAACUUGGUCCAGACUUGACAAUCGAGAGUCUGUAAUCUCACUUUCCCCUCUUCUUAUCUAUUUCCUCUCACUCUCGAACCCUAAUUUCAUUUCAUUUCUUUAAAAAAACUCUAUUUUUAGCCAUCUGUUUCUCCCGAUUUCGUCUCCAACAGUGGUCAAACUAAAUCUCUUAAAACCAACUCAAAGGAAAUUGAAAUCAAGAAGAUAAUUGAAUUGAAGACUAAAGAAAAGGUAAAUAAUCGAAUCUCUGAUGUCUGUAGAGAGAUCAUUUGAAGCAUGGGAAGAGGUACAAAGACAAGGUCAUGAUUUAGCUGAUAGAUUAGCACAAGGUUUCAAUGGAUUACUUACUACACAUAUAAACCCUAAUUCAUUUCCAUGGCCAAAUCCACCUCAAAAACCUAAACUGUUUGAUAUUGAAUUUACAACACAGAGUUUUGGUAAAAGAGAUUUUGGAUUUGGAUUGGAUAAUAAUAAUGGUUUUGGAAUUGAUGGGGUUUCAGCUAUAUUUGAUGCGGGAAAUAGGUUAGGACAAGCUGGGGUAGAAUUUGGAGCUUCUGUUAAUGGUGUUAAUGAACAGUUCUUUAGAAGAUUGCCAGUGCCAUUUCGACAUGAUGAGAGUGAUGGUGGUGGUUCAUUGAGGGUGGACUUUGAUACUCAAAGAAGAGAUGCUGUUUUGGCUGGACACAAGGAAGAUUUGAAAUCGCUUGCUGAACAGUUUAGGGAUUAUGGAUUUUCUGAGACGAGUGAAGUUGUUUCUGAUGAAUCGGCAGAGGAAGAUGGUUUUGGAGGUUUUAAUUUGAAAUCUACUGGAUAUUUCGGCAAAAAACAGGGAAGCUGUAAUAUUACAUCAACAUACGAUAGUAGAUCGAAUGAUAUCGAAAACUCUCUAGUUGCAAGAGGGGAUUUGUGGAGGGUAGAAGCAUCACAUGGGGGUUCUACUUCAGGGAAUGAAAAUUCUCCUUUGUUUUUGGUUCAACUUGGGCCCUUGUUGUUUGUUCGUUAUACAACACUACUUUUACCAGUUCAUUUGUCAAAACAGCACUUGCUUUGGUAUGGUUACAAUAGGAAGAAUGGCAUGCAUUCAAUCUGUCCAACUGUAUGGUCGAAUCAUAGGAGGUGGCUACUGAUGUCAAUGAUCUGUCUAAACCCGUUCGCGUGUUCUUAUAUGGAUCUCCAGUUUCCGAAUGGGCAAUUCACAUAUGUAGCUGGCGAGGGCAUAACUUCUAGUGCCUUCGUCCCUGUAUUUGGUGGCUUGCUUCAAGCUCAAGGUCAUUAUCCUGGAGAAACACGAGUUAGCUUCUCUUGCAAGAAUAAAUGGGGAACAUGCAUCACGCCGACGGUGCAGUGGCCUGACAAAUCUUUGUCUCUGGGACUUGUGCAAGACUUAGCUUGGCAGAGAUCUGGUCUGAUGGUUAGGCCUACCAUCCAAGUGAGUAUAUGCCCAACUAUUGGAGGAAGCAAUCCUGGAUUGCGUGCUGAGCUUAUCCGAACGGUAAAGGAGAAACUGAGUUUAAUUUGUGGCUGUGCUUGCACAACCUAUCCUUCUGCAUUCGCAUCAGUUGCGAUUGGCAGGUCAAAAUGGAACGGGAAUGUGGGGAAAUCCGGAAUAGUUGUCAGAGUUGAAACACCCCUAGGAAACAUCGGAAGACCUUCAUUCUCUGUUCAAUUGAACAGUGGUAUCGAAUUUUGAUAUCUCAGUAUGAUGUACUUGGACAUCUGUAUAUAUAUAGUAGUUUCAAACUUUCAAGUCUCAGUACAGGCCCCACCAUGGUGCUGGGUAGUUGUCAACGUCCCAAGUUAGUAAGCAUUUGCUUCUGAAAUUGUUUUUUUUUUUUGAAUUUACCAAUGGCUGUAAUUAUCAUCUUUCAUAACGUGUUGUGUAAAGAAGUUACUAGGGAAUGAAUAAACCAUCUUUUUAGUUUGUUGCAUA